AUGAGCAUCAGGCAGGGCCCCCCAAAGCACCAAAACAAAUUCGCCUGGAUACCCAACGUCUACAACAAACAUUCGAUUUCUCUUUCUGUUGAAAACAUUUUACUAAGGAAAACUAUUUCAUAUUUACGCCGUUACGGAAAGUACAAGUCCCCUGCCAAAUGGCAUUGGGUUGAUGUGGAUGUAGGUUGUGCUAAGGAGCAGAGUGUAUGCGCAAAAUGCCAUUGCUGUGUGGAUCGUAUAGUGGGAAGAGAUUCUUCAGAAGUAGAAGCCAAGCAAAAAUUGCUUGACGAAGUGGCCAUUAAGAUUGUUUGA